CUUCUUUGUGUCUCCAAGAUCCACCGAGCCCAUCGCCCCGUUCGAUCUGUCUCGGCUCGGGAACGAAGGUUGGUUCGAUGAUCGCGAAGACGGAGGAGGAAUGUGCGCUGCUUCUUCUAGCGUUGCCUCGUGGUUUGAGGGUGGGAGCUGACGGAACCAAUCAUAGGUACGAGGAGGGUGAUCAUGUGCCCCUGUAUGCCAACAAGGGUUCUUGCAUCAAGAGGAGUUGGAAACAGUGAAAAUGGGGAUCAUUAUUCAUUGGCAAAACAAAGCACUUCAAAUUCAGCAAAAUGCAGCUUGCUUAGUAGUCAACCUAAAUUGGUUAAGGAGGUUUCUGUUAGUAAACGUGUAAAGGAUUUUGGACCUGAUGUUGAGACAUAUUGUGAUGAGAAUGGUCUUGUUCAAGUUAACAGAGUUAAAGGAUUAGGAAUUUGCAUGACUCGUGAUUUACAGAGAAAUUUAGAUCUGAUGGAAAAGUAUGAGCAGGAGAAAAGAAGGGGAGAUAACUCCUCAGAUCGGGUGGCUUCCCACACCAAAAAAGUUGUUGAUGUCUCCGAAGGUCUUUCUGGAAAUAAUCAUUCCCCAAGUGUUGCUAGUAACGAAGGAAUAGGUGUAACAUUUACUGAGAAAAGUAGUUCACUCCCGCUAGACAGGAGAGGUUACAUGGAUGAACUUGCUAUUCAUGGUAGUGAAGAUGCAAUUGUGAUUUCCUUCUCAGAGGAUGACAACGGGAAGAAAGCUACGGAUGAUGAUAAUAUAUUCAUGCAAUUGAUUUUUGGAGGCCAAAAAACCAAUUUACCCUUGGAAUGUGUUCAUUCAGAUAAGAGCACAAAGGAUUCUGAAUCUGAUUGCAGUUGGGAGGAAGGUCUAGUUAAGGAAAUUUCUGAAAUUCCAAAUAGUUUUGCUGAUAUAACUGCAAGUCUGAAAAGUGACUUGAAGAAAAACCAAUCGUCUUUAGCUUAGAGCAGCUAUGAAGUAGCUGAUGUGGAUUGGGAGCAAGGGGUGUGUCAAAAUCCUGACACGAGUUCUCAAUUUCUAGAUAAACCUGUAAAAGAUGUUUCUAGAGAAAUGCUUCAGGAAGAAGCUGAUAUACAAGAAGCAAUAAGGAGAAGCCCUGAAGAUUUUAAGGAACAAAACUCUUCAACCAAUUCUUCAGCAGUUACAAAAUUAAUGAGAUCAGUGAAAGAUCAAAUCUCUGAUGGGGUUAUUUUGCACAAACUGGUGACAAAUACUUGUGUUCAUUUAGGUAAUGAUGCUGAGGAAAGUCCAUCAUGUAAUGAUGGACAGUUGGAUAAUCGCUGCAAAGAGGAUGAUUUGCAGAUCCCUGAUUCUUCAAAGAAUAAUCUUGAUUCAUAUAAUUUAUCUGGUUUAGAUUUGGAUGGAGAAUCAUCUCUGCUAAGUAGAAGAGAAGAUGAACAGAAUGUAAUGACUUCACAAAGAGGCAACAUUCCACCUAGCAAACCUUCUGAUGGUCACCCAAGUUGGUUGGAACAAUCUCUUGAUGCUAGUUAUCAAGUCCAAAUUAAAUCUUGUUCAAGAAUGUCCAUGGUGGAAUUGUGUGAGAUCAAGGCCUAAUACCAGCACUAAGAUUACAGAUGAUGGAUCUGAAGUUGUUGUUGGUUCCUCAAAUCGUGACAGUCGCUAGAUCAAGUGUAUCGCCUGAAAGAGGAUAUAAUAAUUCAUUGUCAAGAAAUUGCUCCUUGAUGGAAGAAAUUAUAGACACUGGUAUGAAAUGGAAGUAUCAGAAGAAAUUAUAGACACAGAAUAUUGCUGAGAAAGAUAAUACUAUAUCUGAUCAUAUUGGAUAUAGUACACAGAUCUUAAACAAUCAAAUGGAAGUAUCAGAAGCUAGUUUGGACAAAGAAAUCUCUCUCCUUAGACAAGAACGUGUGAACCUUGGAAAUGAGCAAAGAAUGCUCGAGCGAGAUGCUGAGUGUGUGAACAAUGAGAUGUUUGAUGAGUGUCAGGUGCUCCUCAGGCCUUUCUGGUAUUUUAGGAGAAAAAGUUUUAAGAAUCUAACCUAUAUAGUUUCUGACAUUCUGUGUUCUUUGCGAGUUUAUGUAAUUUUAUGCUUAAAAUAUCAUCCUUAGAAUAUUAUACUUGUUUUCUAGCAUAACUGAUAACAUUUACUAAAAGUAGAGAUUAAAGGACCCUUCAAUUAUCAUGUUCUUCACGUUUCUAUUAGGAGCUUCUUCCCUCACCUUGGUAGUUUCAUUGGCAUAAAAGCUACAAUUUUGGUAAACAUCAAUACUAUACACUUGGCAAAAGAUGUAUUUAAUUGUUAUCUGCUCAAUCCUGAGCUAUGAUGCAAGCAAUGUUAAUGCACACAUGCAGCUCCUCAUUACUUUUCUGAAAAAUUGUAGGAACUGUUUCAAAUGUUUGGUUUGCCUUUUAUUAUUGCACCUACAGAACAGAAGCUCAGUGUGCUUAUAUAGAAAUGACAAACCUUGUUGAUGGUGUUGUAACUAAUGAUUCUUAUGUCUUCUUGUUUGGAGCUCGAAGUGUCUACAAGUACAUAAUCGAUGAUCGGAAAUAUGUGGAGACAUACUUCGUGAAGGAUAUUUAGUGCGAGCUUGGCUUAGAUCAAGACAAACUAAUCCGUAUGGCAUUGCUUCUUGGAAGUGAUUAUACUGAAGGAGUUAGGUUGUGUUGGGAAAAGUUUGGAUGGACUACCCAGAAGGCUGAUGAAUUACUUGUACCUGUUUUAAAGGAGUAGAACAAACACGAGACGCAGCUGCGGCUGGAGGCAUUUUAUACAUUCAAUGAGAGGUUACAAAAGCAUGUAGUCAAUGAAUUAAGAAGGCUUUGAAAGGAAUUACAGGCACUUUGUCAUCUGAUUUGACUAAUGAACUUGUCAAAGAAGGGCUCAGUUCUAGGAAAAAACGAUGCACGGGACUCUCUACAGGAGAGGAAUAUAAACCUGAGAACUCUACUGGUGGUAACUCUAAAAGGGGUAAGAAAGUUCCGAGACAAUGGAGAGGGCAGAAGACUGAGAAAGAAUUUAUUUAUUCAGAGGAUCUGGCUGGAGAGUCACUUGUACUGGUAAAAGAUGAUAUAGAUGAUACUAGCGUUCUGAGUCUGAAUAGGACAGUUAAAGGGAGAAGAGGAAGGGGAAGGGGAAGGGGAAGAGGAGCAAGAGGAAGGGGACAGGGCAGAGGUAGAAGCAGUCCAAUAAAGGCAGACUCUGAUUCUACUGAUGAUGGUGAUGAUUAUAAUGCCAAUGUUCAAUUGAGCAUGCAUGUAAGUAUGCAAUACACAUAUGCAUACUUACAUCAAGUUUUCCUCUCUACUGUUGUCAACAAAAGGUUGAGCAUGCAUGUAAGUAUGCAAUACACAUAAAUAUGUCCCUGUAUCAUGCAGCAAAUCCAAUUGUCUUAUUGCCAAUAAGAUUGAUAGCUGAUCACAUUUUAUCUUGA